AUGUUUUGGAGUGGGAUUGUGAGCGAUGGAAAAGAUUUGGUUGAACGUCCAGAAAUAUCGUUACAUGUAUCACACGCAGCGUUGGAUACAACAACAUUGACAACCGAUGGUUUUGUUCAGUUGUUUGUACGAAUACACCAUAAAAACACAUUGGUGGCCACUUUGAGUCAAAACAUUCCACAAACUCCUCUCGUGCUGGCAUUCAAAGCGAAUAAGAAAGUUAAGUUUCAUACCAAAGGAAAUGGUGAGGUUCAUCUAUCGGGAUUUUUUAUUGCCGAUGAAUAUGGUGGAGGAGCUCCUCCAGAUGAGGCGCCUAAUGCAAAAAUUGACAAAGCAAAUGAUGAUUUCGAGCAGAAAAACAAGGAGCACAAUAAAAAUAAUGCUAACGACGAAAAGGACGCGGAGGGCAAUAGCAAGACAAACGCUCAGAAAAACGUGCGAACCGAUUUGGAUACCCAGGAAAAAUUACAGGAUGAAAACGUUGCAGUGCUAGAUUUGGAGCUUGGUAAAGGCAGAAAAAAGGCGAAAUACGGCGAUAAACUGAAGAUUUACUUUGAAAAUCGGUUUGAACCUGAUGGCAUGGCUUACGUGAAAAUGACUGAAGAAGACAGCGCUGGCUUUGAUUUUAUGCUAGGAAGUGAGGAUGUAAUUCAAGGUUGGAAUAUCGGGAUAAAGGGAAUGAAAGUCGGUGGAAAGCGUCAAAUUACCUCUCAAGCAAAUGUUGCAUACGGCGAAAACGGUAUACCACAGCUUGUACCUGCCAAUUCUGUCAUAUAUUCGACUAUCAUGGUGAAGGAAAUCAAUUGA